AUGGUUAGUGGGCCCAUCCAAGAUGAGUCCAUGCCUACACGGACUUCUGAUUGGGCCUGUGUUCUUGAAGCAGCAGCCCAAAGAAGGACAGAAGUUCUUCAACCAGAGAAUCUUGAAAACAUACCAAAACUCAAACUCAAACACAAACUCAAACACAAGUUUAGCUUCUAUCCCCCAUCAAUUGCUUUUUUAUUAUUCGGGUAUACACCUGUUCGUAGCGAUUCGGUUGUUGGUGAGCUGAAGUUGUCAGAGCCAACUGAUGUAAUUCUCCUAGGGAUUACAAGAAUUGAGAUGCUUGCAGUUACUGAUACAUUUGGAAGAUCGAGUGAACCGGCAUAUUCUGAAACUGCCCUGUUUCCCCUGGAAUUCCUAAAUAAAGAAGCUGGAAAUUGA